AUGGCAGGCGCAGACGCAGACGUUGAGUCUCUCUAUUCCUACGACACUAAGGAAACCGAGGAGUACGGCAAAUGUACCGAGUCCACGCUAUUGAUUCAGUACAGAGGUCCUCCCCCCCGACCACAAUCCCGAUGGCGGGGCCAACUUUGGGCAUGGAAGGAGCAGCUGUUGCGACCCGGCUCAGUCGACGUGGCCUGCUCGAAGUCGAAGCAGGACGAUGUUUGGGCCACCAUGGCUCUGGAUGGCCAGAGGGCUGGGCAGAUGGUUGGGCAGAUGGCUGCUCAAGUGCAGCAGGGCAUUGUUCGGCUGGCCGAAGGAGACGCAGGGGGGGAGGGAGAGGGAGGUGGAGAGGGUGAGUUGGGCGGAGGAGAGGUGCGAGUGGCAGGUCGAGAGGGUGAGGUGGGAGGGGGAGAGGAAGGUGAUGGAGGCGAUGAGGGAGGGGUUUGA